UCGUAAUGUUGUGUUUGGUCUCACGCUUCCUCUCCGCUAUUGUAACUGGUAAUUCUGUCUGAACGCCGUUCUUUGAGUUGAUUUGCUACAACUUUCUCUCUCACAUGUGGGCAGCUGAUUUGCUGGCGCUUGCAGGCAUCAAAUGGGCGCCGAACGAACUGACUGUCCCUGACAUUAAGGCUGUAUUUGAGCGUGAUGUCAAGGAGUCCUAACAAACCUGGAGUCAAUGGAAAUUGGGGAAAACAUUCUCCUGGUUGGAGUCAUGCCUGUCACAAAGCAUGCCUGUUGCAGUCCCAAUGCCAUAUCCUCUGCGUUUCGCUGCUAACCUUUCCUGGCUUUUCCUGGAGUUUGAAAGCUUAUGCCAACGGGUAGAGGCAGCUGCCCAGGCAGGAUUCAAAGCAGUGGAGGUGGCAUGGCCGUACGAUACUGAAGCAACACAGUUAAAGGAAGUUUUGAAGAGGAAUGGAAUGGAGAUUGUAAUGAUUAAUACCCCUCCUGGAAACAAAGCAAAAGGAGAACUUGGACUUGGAGCACUUCCGAUGCAGCACGCCGAAUUCCGAACAGGAUUGGAAUCAGCAGUGAAGUACGCUAAGGCUGUAGGGUGCAAGCAGAUCCAUUUGAUGGCAGGACGUGUUCCAGUGGACUUAGACAGAACAUCUGUUACCAAGGAGAUGGAGACCACAUUUAUAGAAAAUCUGAAGUAUGCUGCAGACAUCCUCUCAAAGGAAGAGAUGCUAGGGUUGAUUGAACCUAUUAACUCUCGAAUCACAGAUCCCUAUUACUUCCUGAAUACUCCGCAUCAAGAGAUCGUACUGUUUGUUCCAGCUGAGAAGAUUCUGCAGCAAGUGGGUAGGCCCAAUCUGAAACUCCAGCUGAUAAUGGAUGGGAAUCUCACUCAGAACAUCUCCAACUACUUCUCCCGAAUAGGUCAUGUCCAAAUUGCACAAGCUCCUAACCGGAAUGAACCAGACAGUCCAGGAGAGAUCAACUACAGCUACAUAUUCAGCUUGCUGGAGAAGUUGGGAUAUCAAGGUUAUAUAGGCUGUGAAUACUCUCCAAAAGGCGGCACAGUUGAUGGUCUUGGAUGGUUGAGGAGCUACUGGACAAACCAGGACGCCAGAAAGCUGCCUGUUUCAGCUAAAUGUUAACAAUGGAGAUGAAGCGUCUUCUGCCAAAUCUUCCUCUUGAGUAACAGCAGUUUAGCUGCAAUGAAAUCAGAUUGUAAUUCACACUGAGUGUACAUCUGAUAACAGAAUCAUCCUUUGCCUAAUUAUUCAUAAAGUAAUUUUCGGAGCUUGAAAGUGUGGAACUAAACAUGUCAGACUCAAAUCAUGUACAAUCCAGCUCACACACUCAACCUCAGCAAGGGUUCCUCAUAAAGAUUUCUUGAUCCUGAAAGAAAUUAAAACCAAAGGCUGAACUAUUCAUUUGGCCUCUUAUCUCAUCAAGUCAGAGAGCAUAGAAAAGAUACUGAUCCAACUUGUCCAUGCUAACCAAGUUUCCCAAACAAAACUAAUCCCACUUGCCUGCAUUUGGUCCAUAUCCUUCUAAAUCUUUCCUAUUCAUGUACCUUUCCAAAUGUUGUUUAAAUGUAACUGUAUCUGCAUCUCCCACUUCCUCUGGCAGUUCAUUCCACAUACAAACCACCCUCUGUGUGAAAAAGUUGCCCAUCAGGUUCCUUUUAAAUCUUUCCCCCCUCAACCUAAUGUUACACCUUCUAGUUUUGAACUCCCCUACCCUAUUUGCUAUUUACCUUAUCUAUGCCCCUCAUGAUUUUCAUAAGGUCGCCCCUUAAUCUCCUACACUCCAAUGAAAAAAUGUCACAGCCUAUCCUUAAAACUCGAACCCUUCAGUCCUGACAACAUUCAUGUAAAUCUCUUCUGCAUCCUCUCCAAUUUAGUGAUAUCCUUCCUACAGCAGGGUGGCUAGAACCAUAUGCAGGAUUCCAAAAGUGGCUUCACCAAUGUCCUGUACAAUUGUAACAUGACAUCCCAACUCUUAUACACAGUGGUCUGAGCAAUGAAAGCAAGUGUUCCAAACACCUUCUCUACCACCCUGUAUACCUUUGACACAAUGAAACAUUUUUCAUCAUUCUUGAAACACCAUUCCCGUCCAUUCCAACAGGACAAUAAGUCUGUCACUAACAAGUUAACCAUCAUAACAAUUGGUGCUUCCCCAUUCUCUUUCGAAGGAAUUUGUAUUUUCAACCUUAGUUCUUGUUGGUAGUCUGAUUCAUAUUGCCACUACUGAAUAAUCAUCCAGACAUUCCAACUAAUACCUGUACUUACAUAGGGCCAAUUAAUUAUUAAAGCCCUGCAUGCUCCAGUUCUUUCCAACAACUUGUUUCUUUCAGCACAAUUGACAUGUUGCAACAUUUUAAAGAUGUUAAAUCAUUCCUGCUCCCUGUCUUCCUUUCUUCCUCUCACAGAGAAAAGUUCUAUACAUCUCUCCACAUAAUUUAGAACACCUCAAUCCCAAAAUCAGUCCAGUAGUGUUCUCUGACACCUCUUUAAUGUAACCACAAAGCUUUGGAAAGUAUGGCCAAAGCAAGGUCUUAUCAAAGAGAGUGGCUGGUGCAAGUUAAAAAUAACUUCUCUUAACUCUCGCCAAACAGGAGCCAAGAUUUAAUUAGUUUCGUCCCUAGGGCAAUUAGGAAUGAACAAUAAAUGCUGGUCUUACUAAUGGCAGUCAUAUCUUAACAACUUCAUAGUGAGAAAACAAUGGUAAGUAAACAUACCUAGAUUCAUUUCCUACCCAACCUUUAUUGCAAGACAAAAAUUGUUUCCCUCAGGUAGCUCGAAGACAGUUUGAUCUUGCUGUCUCUGUUCAGGGUUCAUACUGCAAAAAUAGCAUUUCUUUAUUAUCUAUACCUUUGCUGUUUCUUUCACAAUAACGUAUCACUGUGCUAAAAUCCAUCUACACAUUGUGGACUUAGUAUGUUUAAUUGGCCUGGGCCUCUGAAUGUUGUUUAUCUAUCUUAGGUUUAUUAUCUAUCCACUUAGCUUGAAAUCAUCAUCACAUUUGACGUAAGUAUAUUCCUCUAGGUUAUUUAUGAAUCCUGUGAACAGUGGGAAGCUGACACAGAUCUGUGUGUCACGCUGUUGCUCACUGUCAUUGAGGCAGUGAUUUCUAUUUUUUUUAUCACAGCCUAUGCCUUCUUGUUGCCAAGUCACUUUUCAAUCCAGCUGGCUUAACUGUCACCAGUUCUAUGAGCCUCAUUAUAAAAUGAACACAAUGACAGCCUGGUCCAAGUUUUUAAUCAUUUGUCUCAGGGAAUAUUUCUGUUUACUGAAUGGAAUAAUUUAAAAUAUUUUCUCUUUGUUUUGCAGCAUGUUCAUUGUGCUAUUUACAUAUCAAGUUAUAACUAGAGUGAUUUCCUUUGAGAAAAUGUACUCCAGAUAGCUAUCAUUAUCCAUGUUUUAAAGGAUUCUCAAAUUAUUUUUAAAAUGUAC